AUGGAGUCUGUGGGAACUUACCACGGAGAGUACGAUCCGGACGAUCUAGACCUCCCUGCCUCCCACCAAGCGACCAUAGCCACCGCCGCUACGACGACUGGACUGCCAGCAGUCACCCCUCGCAUUCGGGUGUCCGCCAUGACGGAACUCAAAGAGUGCGCCGGGAAGGACGACGACGAGGAUCGCGCGCGGGCUUGGUUCAGCAAGGCCCCGGACGACGAGAAGUGCCUGGUGCUUGUUGGCCUGUUCACCGGAUCAACGAGUAACUGCUACCGGCAACUUAGUCGAACCACGAGGGACGACUGGAGAGAGCUUCUGCGCGAAUUCCAAGUGCAGUUCUGUGGACUCGGAGUCUCGGUCGCGAGACAAUACUACCAUGCAAGGAAGCGAGCUGAUGAGACACCGUUGGAAUAUCUGCACCGCCUGAAUGUCGCAGGACUGAGGGAGAAGCUACGCGUGGAGAGCGGCCCAUCCGACGUUCGCCAUGAGCACGUGGAACAUUUCAUCGAGACCCUGGACGACCGCGAUCUAGCUGAUCAGCUCGCGCUGCCGCGUAUCUUAGAUGCUGACGCGUUGGAAGAAGUAUUGCGGGCGAGGCAACAUGCGAAGAACCGUCAGGGACGAGCGCAAUUCCGAUCGAGUACGUAUCGACAGAAGGCCACCAACUCCGACCUCACGAAGUCAGCUCCAACGCCCAAGGUGCAAGCUGUUAUGACUACGAACCUGUCGGACAGCGACAGUGACUCUGGCCUCAGUGGAUCGGAAUCAGACGGUGAUCUGCGCCGGAUCUACUUGGCCGCAACGGAAGGGAGUCGCAACCCCAAGCAAUUGCGCCGAAUGACCCCGAACGGACCGCGUCCGGCCAAACUCCGCCACCGCGAGACGCGAACCCUGGCCAGAGAUCUCCACACGGACGCCCUCAAUUCCAACGCUGCAUUCACUGCGGUUCACACCGCCAGGAUGACCUGCACUGCUGGAAAAGGCUAG